GUUCCCGCAUCAAGGGUUACUCUGCCACUGCACCAUUAUAGACAAGUCACGCUUUUGGUUAGGCUCUUGAGUUGACUAAUAGUUAUCGGACAUUGGUUCUUCUGUUUUGGACCCUGCCUUCUUGGACUGUCUCGUCGCGCACAACCUUAGUUUAUAAUAAAACCCACUGAACAUCAUGUCCUCGUCUUGGAGUCCUGCAUUUGGGUCCACCCGUGCACCGUCGGUUCAUGGCAAAUGGUGACGUCACGUGCACGAGCUCUACUCGGAUACUUGAUCAUAAUGAAACAAGCAAGCAAGGCCCGAGCCAUACUUUGAACCCGAGUUUCAAAGAAAUGAAACCCGCGCGGGUCAGGACUUCGCACCACGCGAAAAAAAACAAACAAAAAAGAAUCUCAUCUGUCAGCACAACUCAUCGAGAACUGCGAGCCAAGCGGGUCUUUUUUCUGCUCCCCCCCAGCAAUAAAUCACGAGCUGAACAUGUCACAGUCGGUCGACAUGGAGACCAAUCGGCACACACGUGAAUGUGGUGACGGAUAAAUGAGUGGACGCCUGGAAGUGACGCACAACUUGAUGUCGUGGAUUUUGACCGACUGUGGGAGGAGAACCGCCACUCAAGACUGUGAUGCAACUACUCCACUUUUGACAAUGUCUUGCGGUCAUUCCCUGGACGGGAGCUUCCCACCUUCCCCGGCCGAGGACGGCGGCGGCUCCAAGCGCCUGUCCUGGGGCAGCCUGCUGCAGAGGCUCGCCGAGCUCAAGGGACUCAAUCACAGGCGGUGCAACGACAGUGAUGCCGGUUCCAUAGCAGACAUGUCGCUAUCUAACUCCGAGAGCAGCUUCCUCUCUUAUCCUUCCGAGGAGAGCCUGGCCGCAGAGCUGGUGGCCACCAUAGAAGAAUCCCUCCACGGGGCGGCGCACCUCCUGGGCUGCUCCCGUCUCCUCGUACCCGACUCCCUCCUGGACCACGUGGGCCAGGAGCUGGUCCACUUGGCGGUCAGCGAGCCGUGCGGCCUGCGGGGAGCGCUCAUCGACCUGUGCGUGGACAAGGGCGAGCCGGGGUCCCCGCGCUGCGUGGACGAGAUCGCCGUGGACGCCGCCCUGGUGCCCACCUUCCACGUGACCCUUGUGCUGAGGGCCGAGUCGGGCGGACUGUGGCCCAAGGUCCGGAGGCUCUUUCGAACAAGCCGGUCCGAGCCGACGUGCGAGACACCUGCGAGGCAGCAACACUCUCUAAGACUGAGUUCCGGCUUCAGGGCCAUGAAGCGGAAGUUGUACUGUUCGGGGGAGCUUCUCAUUGAAGAGUGCUCCUGACCAAAAACCACUCCGUGACUUAAAAAGUCUCAAAUGAACAUGUUAAGUGAGACUAAGUGCACAAUCCCAAAAACUAUUUGUACUUCUGUAGCAGCUUCUCACCUGGUUGCAGGUGAAGUUUUUUUCAUGCCAUUAUUUCAGACUAGUUUUAAAGUUGCUCAAAAGGACAACUUUGGUACUUGAUUUUCAGACGUUACAUCCUAUUUUGUACUGAAGGCUAAUAAAUUAUUUUCUAUGAAUUUUGUCUUUCUGUCUGUGAUUGGCAUGAUUUAGCCAUCGUGGGC